AUGGAAUACGACUUUCACAUCUACUGUAUUUAUGGGAUUCCGUCGGCGAUUCUCAACUUUUCCCUAAUCAUUUGCAUUCUCAGCCAUAAAACCUUUUUCCAGGCAUCUUUCUACCGAGUUUAUGCCUUCACUUUGAUUGUGUACCUGCUCACUUAUCUCAAUACGUGGAUAACGCUAAAAUUGCCCACAUUGCGUGCCCUGGCCUCGUUCUAUGCCAACGUCGAGCAAGCGUUUUGGCCAUUUCGACUGUUUAUCAUGUUCCAAGGAGCCGCCUUUCAUAUCCAGAAUUUGGCUCAGAUCUUGAUGCAUUUGAACCGAUUCACGAGUGUCUUCUUGCCGAUUCGUCAUCAUACACUCUGGAGCCCUCGAAACAUCAACAUAGCCUUUUUCCUUGCAUAUCUCAUCGGAAUUCUCUUAUCAUAUCAAUACUUUUUCCUCAAUGGCAGCGUUUUUAUCCAAGUUGGCGCCACUACAAUCCAAGGAGCAGCCCUCAGAGAUCAAUACGCAAUUUCGGCAUUCAUCGUCAAAAUCAUGGGCUAUGUCUAUCCGCCGAUCUCACUUGGCCUAAAUAUCCUCAUCUUCGCCAAAAUGUUCCUGCUGAGGCGCCGGAAAAAGAGAGACGAUACGUGGAGUCGAGUCGAGCUGAAUCUCUUCUUCAUCGGUUUUUGCACGAUGAUCACCCAGCUUGGGCUGUUGCUGUUUCUCAAUUUCGGUCUUCAGUUUGUUGACUUGACGAUCAUUUACUUUGCGAUGAAUCUAGCCUCGGAUUUGUCAACCCUAAGCGAGGCCUACAUCGGGCUGGCCAUCAACCAACAAAUAAGGAGAAAAUUCAUUGAGAUGUUUCACAAAAUGAUCGACAUGAAAUCGAUGUCGCAACGCAUCGAUAUCACUCCAAGACCUCGA